CCACACCAUCUCUCUCUCUCUCUCUCUCUCUCCUUAAUCACAGAUAAAAACAAGUACAUUCACUCUCCGUACUGCACUUGGAAGGGAGCAUGCAAAGAUCCUCAAAACGGCAAAAGUGCACCGGGACGGCUACUCCGGCCACUACUACCGACUUGCUUUCUCCGGCCGCAACUGCAGUUCUCCCGCAGCAGCAGCGACUUACCCAGGAGCAAGAAUUUGCCAUCAUGGUUGCUGCCCUUGGAAACGUUCUCUCUGGCUCCGCAAGUAGUAGUACUGCAAUGGCCUCGGAUUUUUCGCAGGAGCUGUUCCAUCUUUCGUUUCCUUCUUCUAAUUCACAGUUUGCCACCUCCGGUACCGCUGCUGCCGCAACUGCGAUCAACCCAAUACUGCCGCCAUUGGACCUGGACACGUGUAACGUUUGCAAGAUUAGAGGGUGUUUAGGAUGCAACUUUUUCCCGCCAAACCAAGAAGAGAGCAGCAACGGAAAUAACAAGAAAGGGACGAGGAAACGAGGAAAGAAGAAUUACAGAGGAGUAAGGCAAAGGCCAUGGGGAAAAUGGGCGGCCGAGAUAAGGGAUCCUCGGCGGGCCACCAGGGUUUGGCUUGGGACUUUUAACACGGCUGAGGAUGCUGCUAGAGCUUACGAUAAGGCAGCCAUUGAAUUUCGAGGGCCCAGAGCGAAACUGAAUUUCCCUUUUCCUGACAACACGAGUAAUAAUCAUUUAGAAGAUCAAAGUCAUCAUCAUCAGCAGCAACAUAUGCAAGAACAGAACGUGAUCAUGGAUGGGAAAAGAAGCGAAUUUGAAGAAGCUGCUGCAGGUCAAGAAAACGAGUUCCUGGGAAUUGAAGCAAUCGGAGAAGAUGAGAUACAACAAUGGAUGAUGAUGAUGGACUUUAAUAAUGGCGAUUCAUCAGAUUCUGCUGGUACUGCUACUACAGCCACUCUUGGGUUUUAAAUUAAUCAAAUUAAGUUGCUUGAUUAAUCAUGUAAGCAAAAUUUUUGUUGUAAAUUAAAUUUUUUUUUUCCAGUUUAUGAUUCUUUCAUUGUUUUAACAGAAAGAAUCAUUAAGCAGUGAUUAUUUAGGACUUCAAACGUUAGUUAAUAAUUCCUACAAAGUUUCUGUAAGUGAAAUAUUUGUAUCCAGUCUUGCAAAUUAA